AUGGGGAGACCGAGGCGGCAGAAACCGCCCAAUACAACCCUGAAGCGAGCCGUGGGCCUGCUGCCCUCCAGCUGUGCCCGCUUCCUCUGGAGCCAGCCUGACCAGUUCCGCCUCAGCAAGUUCUUCCUGGGUGCGGGCGUCGGGGGCUUCCUGGCCCUCGGCCUCUCCCAGCUCCUCAUCUUCCCCAUGAGCAUCGAGGAGGGUCACAAGAUAAAGCUGAUGUACGGGCUGGCAGGUGUCAGCGCCCUGGGCUGGGGCGUCUCCCCGCACUUCCGCUGUGCCAGCCUCCUGGUCGUCCCCAAGUUCCUGGGCAAGGAGGGGCGACUCUACCUGCUCACCUACGUCCUGGCUGCCGUCUAUGACGGCCCCAUCGCCAACAUGUGGCACAACCUGGACGAGGUGAUCCACUCCGUGGGCUGCACCGUGGAGCUGCAGAUCAACCACAGCCGGCAGAUCUGGAGGGUGUCCACGGCCCCCCUGCGUGCCAUGCUGCGAGACUUGGUGAAGGGCGGGCGGACCCUCAAUGCGGAGACCCGGAACAUCUUGCAGGCUUUUGCGGGGCUGAACAAGCAGGUGGCCAGUGAGGCGGGGUACGGCGUGAGGCGCCCGCGCCGGGCACAGGAGCACCGCGCCCCCAGCACACAGCAGAUGUACGAGCAGAAAACCAAACUGCGCUGCAAAUACGUAGUUGACGAGGCCAUCAGGCGCUGCCAGGCCUGGUUCGAUGCCAAGCACAAGGCCUGCCAGCGGAGCAUCGCUGUGCCCCUCAUCAGCCACCUGCUCUGCCUACCCAUGAAGUUCAAGUUCCUCUGCCACGUGGUGCAGGUGAUGUACCCAUGGUGCAGGGACAAGAUCCCCGUGGAGGGGAACUUCGGCCAGACCUACGACAAGGUGAACAGCUCCGUGGUCGGCAUCAGCCAGGACUUCAGCGCCCAGCUGGUCGUCAAGCAUGAGCCCCAGGACACACUGGUGGGCGCAAACGUGUCCCGGGAGCGGCUCACUGAGGAGGUGACCUCGCACGUGCAUCAGCAGAGCGCCCGGCUGGGCCAGACCAUCUCCGUGCUGCGCUUGCUGCUCUCCUGCACCUUCCUCUUCAUCUUCAUCGCCGCUUUCUCCUACACAAACCACUACAACCAUGACAUCCGCUUCGACAACCUCUACGUCACCACCUACUUCCGCCAGCUUGAUGCCCGGCGCUGGAAGCAGAAGAAGCGCACGUUGCUGCCCCUGCGCCGGGCCGAGGUCUCCGGUGUGAUCUUCCCGUGCAGGCUGGCCGUGCAGCCGCCCGAGCUGAAGAGCCUGAUGCUGGAGCUGCUGGAGUGCAUCCCCCCACUGCUCUUCCUGCUGCUGGCCUGGGGCCUGGACCACGUGCUCUACACCAUGUUCAGCGUCAUCCGGCACCAUUCCUUUGUGCAGUAUUCCUUCCGCAGCAGCCACCACCUGGAGGUGCGGGUCGGGGGCCACUCUCUGCUGGCCCGGCUUCUCCGAAGCACCAUUGGAGCCUUGAACACGUCCUCCGAGAUGGCGCUGGAGUCGACUAACCUGGGUGAGGGGGGAGAUGGACACCCCUCCCCCACACGGAGGGUGCCCUCCCCCGCGGCCUGGCCCAUCUCUGCCCAGCUGCGGGGCUACUGCCCAGGCCAAGCCCAGCUGCUGUCCACGGCCUUGGGCAUCUGUGCCCUGCUCCCCCUCCCCUCAGGGAAUUCACUGGGGGCCUCCCGAGUGAGACCCCAGGGCAGUGCCCCCUCCCCUUCUCAGAGCUCUGGCUGCUCCGGGGUGGGGGCGGGGAAUGGGACGAGGGGAACAUGGAGCCGAGGCCUCACCCUGCCUGUCUGUCCGUCCGACCCCCCCGCAGCCUGCCUUCCGCAGCCCCAGGCCAUGACACAGAGCGACUACCUGGCCAGCUGCCUGCCCCUGGGGGCCCUGGUGCUGCUGUGCCUGGGGCAGGUGUAUGCCUACCGUCUGCGUCGCAUCAUUGCUGCCUUCUAUUUCCCCAAGGAGAAGCCCCUGCUGGAGCGUUUCUACCUCUGGUGGCCACGUCUGCGCCGCUCUCUGCCCCGGUACUGUGUGCUGUGCGGCUCGCCUGCCUCCCCGCAGUGCCCCACGCCCACCUGCGGCACCACAUACUGCCAUUCCUGCUGGAGGGACAUGGGGCAGAUCUGCUUCGCCUGCACCCCUGGCCGCACGCCCCUGCCUGGAGACAGCAGCAGCGAGGAGCAGAUGACAUACGCGGACUGAGGCGUGGGGGGGCCAGUGGGAGGUUCCUCCCCAGGACGGGGCUCCUGGCUCAUUAAACAGACGCUGCUCUUGGCCUUGGCGGCUGCCCCU